UGGUUACUGGUUAGGUAUCGUCUGCAUGCCCUAACCUAGUAACUGUGUAUUUAUGAAUUUGGUUAACUGUUAACUUGGUUAGUUGGUUAUCAUUGUCGUCCAUAAAAAUGGAAAUUUAAAACCUAUAUUCUGAGUAUUUCUUGUUUAUUUAAUUUUUAUUUAUGUUGUACACAAUUGGUUGAAUUUUAUUUUUUGAAAGAUUUAAAACAAAUAUCGGUAUCAAACUGUAUUUAGUUUUUCAGUUAUAUUCCAAGUAACCUUUUUAAAAAUGAUAAGUUUACAAAGAUAUUUGAGUAGAAGUGUGAACUAUAGUCAACUACGCAGUUUUACUUGUUCAUCUGUCUUUACAUCAAAAAAGAAUGAAGUGGAAGGAAAAGAUGAAAAGAAUGAGAACAAAGAUAAAGUUGCCAAUAAACUCAAUGAUUUGCUGCAGUUGAUGAUCCAGAAAGAAGAUGAUACUAAAAAGGAUAUUCAGAUACCUCAAGCUGUUAAGCGGAAAAGAAUGAAGCCAGAAAAAGAGAAGCCUCUUGGUGAAAAAUUAGAAGUAGCUGCAAAAGAUGUUGCUUCAAGUCUGGGAGGCGAUGUCCAAAAAACAGAGUCUGAACUUCUAAACAUUUUACUGCGCACAUCAGAUCCCAAUACACAGACGUUGAAGGACAUUUUAAAAAAUAUGAAAGUGGAUAAAUCAAGGGAACAAUCAAGCAGAGCCCAACAAGUGCGAGAUACUCUGGCAAAACAAGCAACUGCUGAUACAGAUGGCCCUGGUCAACCCAAGUUGAAACCUGAACUGAAGAAACCAAAAAAGAAAUCUGCAGCUACAGUGGACAUAUUGGGGGCAGCACCAUCCACAUACUUUAAAGACCUGCAGCCUGUGCCAGCACCAUGUGAGCUGCAGACUUGGCGGUUGUGUGCGGCCAGAGAUUUACGUCUGACUGUGACUCACCCACCCACUAACAUCUACGAGCAGAUGAUCCAGUGGACGGAUCAGGGCAUGCUGUGGCACUUCCCCAUUGAUAAUGAACAAGGUCUAGAUAGUGAGAAGCAGGUGUCGUUUGAGGAACACAUAUUCCUAGAGAGCCACCUGGAAGGCUGGUGUCCAGAGAGAGGACCGAUUCGUCACUUCAUGGAGCUGGUCUGUGUCGGGUUGUCCAAGAACCAUUGGCUGACAGUCGAGGAGAAGAAGGAACACAUUUUCUGGUACCGGGAUUACUUCAUCGAGAAGAAAGACUUAAUCAGUGAACUGGGUGCUGGAACUGUAGAAAUAGAGUCAGGGCAGCACGAGAUUACUAAGUAAUGAAGUACCUAUAUAUGUAAUAUUGCUGUGUAGAUUUGUUUACAUUAAACGUUGUAUGUAUAAUUGA